AAAAAUUUUUGAAGAACAAAAAAAUUAUUUGAUAAGUAUUUUUAAUGAAAUUUUUAUAAAUUUUAAACAAAAAUCUACGAUAGUAUAGUCCAAAUCAAUCAACGAUAUGCAAAAAUGAAGUCCGAAUUCCAAGUAGUUGUCUUAGCUGCCGGUAAAGGAUCAAGAAUCACCGAGCUAACCAGCAGAAAACCGAAAUGCUUAUUACCCAUAGGAAACAAACCGAUGGUAUAUUACCCUUUAAAAUUACUCGAAAAAUCAGGUUUUAGAGAGGUGUUUUUAGUGGUCCUAGACACAGCCGAAAGCGAAGUCAAGUCUGCCUUGGAAGAAACCGAUCUUUCUAUCGCUAUAAAUUAUCGACAAAUAUCUUCCAGCGAUGACUGGGGUACUGCUGACUCGUUACGUUAUAUAUCACGCGAUAUCACUUCUGAUUUUAUAGUUGUCUCUUGUGAUCUUCUAACAACAUUCGACGUGAAAAAAGUACUGGAUUUUCAUCGUAAAAAUGACGCCGCACUGACAGCUCUAUAUUUUCAUCCAUCCAACGACGUUCAGUUCACCACACCGGGUCCGAAAUCGAAAAAUAAAACUGAAAAGGAUUUAAUCGGUAUCGAUCCGGUCACCAAUCGACUCGUAUUCCUAGCCUCAGCUUCUGAUUACGAAGAAGUCCUUUCGUUGAAGAAAAAACUACUUUUCAAACACGGUGAUAUUCGUAUCCACACUAAUCUCAUCGAUGCUCAUUUCUUCGUCGUCAAGAAAUGGGUUGUGAAAUAUUUAACUCAGGAAAAGAAUUUAUCCACGAUUAAAGGCGAACUACUCCCAAAUACAUUGAAAAAAGAACUAUCCAAGGCCAAUAAAUUACAAAACGUUAACAAAGAGCCUUCGGAAUCGACUGCUAUCCAGGAAUUCUCUGCUGAACAAGCAGAUAUAGAUAUAUUUUCGUUGGCGAAAAGUAGAGACUUUGAUACCGUGGCUAGAUCAAUGUCGAGUUACAACGAUCAUAACGGUGAUUUAUACCCUGUUUAUAUGAACGAUUAUAUUAGAUCUUACGCUUACAUCGUCGAUGAGAAUUUGGUGAUACGAAAUAACACUCUACGCGAUUAUUGCAAAUCUAAUCAAAUGGUAACCAAACAUUGGAAAAGUAUAAUCGAAAAAGACUCGCUGAAAAUAUUCCCUAAACCGGAAUCUAAUCUGACUGGAGUUGAGAAAGAUACGUGCUUUAUCGACCCAUCAAUUGAAUUAGGUUCUCGAACCUUCGUCAAAUCGUCGAGCAUCGGUCAAAAUUCCAUCAUUGGAAAUCACGUCAAGAUUUCAGACUGUAUUAUUAUGAAUAAUGUCGUCAUCAAAGACAACUGUACUUUGAGUAAUUGCAUCGUAUGUGAUCAUGUUACCAUCCAAGCCAAUUGUAAAAUCACAGACAGUGUGAUUGGCAGUCAACAUUCGGUACCUGAGAAUAGUUCGAUUGCCAACGAAGUGUUGUCCGAAAUGGAGAAUUUAAUGGAAGUGUGAUCUCGUCGUUUAUGUAUUGUUGAAAGGAGGUCAUCUAUUUUCGCCUGUUCUAGGACAGAAAUAAAUCGUUUUAUUUCAUCUUU